AUGGGUUAUUGGACAGAUCUAAAGGCUUGGCUGCUACGCGAUCCUGCCAAAUUAAUACGUUACCUAGUUCUAUUUGUUUGCUGCAUUGUGGUGAUUGUUCAGUUAUAUGAAUGUUUUGCAAAAUUAUGCGAUCCUCCAAUAUCAACGCAUUCGUAUUAUAAUUUAAAUGAAACCAUUGAAAUGCCAGCUAUAACAAUAUGUCGUGAACCGCCAUACCGAGAGGAUGUUUUAACUAAUCUCUCUCAAAACUAUUGCCCACAUCCGAAAUAUGCCACCUGCUGGAUGGAUUUUCCAUUUGGUGAAAUCCCAUUAGAUGAAUUCUUCGAGAAUGGUACCUACAGUGAAACGGAAACAUUUUAUUCGCCCGGAUUAGAUGGCACUUCUGAUAAUCUAGAAAUCGAUAGCAGUCUACACUUCUAUUCGGGUCGUUGUUACACUGUUCGACCCAAGAAACUGAUGAAAAGGGUUUCCAGAGCCGUGGGUUAUUCAUUGACUUUGGAUCACACCCCUACGACAACUUCCACAAGUAAUGCGGAUACUAGUACCGGAGCAGGUUGGCAUGUUUUCAUACAUGAUAAACGUGAAAAUUUCACAGAGAUUAACAUGAAGGGCUCCGGUCGAGUGGAAUACGUUUUUGUCAAUGUCAAUGAAGAAAUUGAAAUUAAAUUGCAAAGUCAAUAUUUUUCUAAUGUUGAGACUAAAGAUGAUCCUUGUUCCGAUGACGAGAAUUAUAGUGAUUUGAAAUGUGGAGAAAUUUGCAUUUGGCAGGACUUGGCAGAUGAAACCAAUUGUACGGGUCCCUGGAUGAACGAGAUAGUACAUCAGCCCUGCAAUGACUCCACCUCAAUGCGAAAACUUAUAUCGGACUACAAAGCGGUUUACGAAAGCGAAGACGAUUUCGACUGUGAUUGCUUGCAGCCUUGCCGAAGUCGCAUCUAUACGACUUAUAUACAAAAUCGUAAAACUUUUACCCAACCUGAACCACGCAGCUUAAUAUAUAUAUACUAUACCACAAAAUUGAUUUCGAUGAUUGAAGAACGCGUUUCAUAUGAUACUACACAGUUUAUAGCCGACAUAGGUGGAUCCUUGGGUUUUCUAUUGGGUAUAUCUGUAUUGGGUUUAAUUGGCAUACUCGAGCAUAUGACUUUGUUUUUCUGUGGCGGCUUUAUCAAGCGCAUGCAAAUCCAAUACGAGAAACGCAAACGUGAGGAUCCAACCUCAGUGGAUGACCAAUCGCAGGCAAGCGAUGAGACCAUAGAUAUAGCCACCGUUUAUAAGACCGAGAUCAAAGAGCUGCCGAAAUAUUAACCAAAGAUGAGACCAAGCUGGCUUGGCAUAUUACU